CGCAUUACCAUUUCCGCAGGCGACGUUUAAAUGCUGCAAUCCGGCACUCGUCCUAUAAAGCGCGCAGCGCGUACUACGUACGCCCCUUGUCGCUCCGAAAGUCAGCCUCAAGAGAAGCGAUCUACUGGAAAUGGCAUCCGGUUUUUCUGUAAUUUCUUCCUUUUCGAAGCCCUCUUUUUGUAGAUUUUAGAGAUGUUUAAACUUUGACAAGCUCCUGAAAAUCUGAGAAGAAUGGUGUUGGUCCUAGCACUGGGAGAUCUCCACAUCCCUCACAGGGCACCUGAUUUGCCAGCAAAGUUCAAAUCCAUGCUUGUUCCUGGGAAAAUCCAACACAUCAUAUGUACUGGAAAUCUAUGCAUCAAAGAAGUCCAUGAUUACUUGAAGAGUCUUUGCCCUGACAUGCAUGUUGCUCGAGGAGAAUACGACGAGGAUGCACGCUACCCUGAGACCAAGACUCUUACCAUUGGUCAAUUUAAGCUUGGACUCUGCCAUGGUCAUCAGGUUGUCCCUUGGGGGGAUUUGGAUUCUCUAGCAAUGCUCCAGAGACAGUUGGAUGUGGACAUCCUUGUUACAGGCCACACCCAUCAAUUCAAGGCAUACAAGCACGAGGGAGGCGUCGUCAUAAACCCUGGCUCUGUGACGGGUGCCUACAGCAGCAUUACUUACGAUGUCAACCCGAGCUUCAUCCUCAUGGACAUUGACGGCCUGCGCGUCGUGGUGUAUGUUUACGAGCUCGUUGAUGGAGAGGUGAAGGUUGACAAGAUCGAUUUCAAGAAGACUGUGACCUCUUGACCGCUCACUGAGCAGGAGACAUGCUGGAAGCAUAUGCAUCUUUUCCUCCAUUUGCAGGUAUUGUAAGCAGGCUGUGGGAUUCAUGGUUUACAAAUGAAAUGGUUGUGAACACAGGCUUGCUUGAUCAUUAUAAAAUGAUUCGUGCUUUGAAGACAUUUCUUGCAGUAAUCUUGGAAGGAAAAUGGUUUUAGUAGAA